AUGUCCGCCGCAGCAGCAGCGUCCGCCGCUCCUGCCGGUCCCUCGCAGAAUGCCUUCAAGAAUGCCGACAAGCCGGGCGAAGUGCGAAGAUCCAAUCUGUCGGCUGCCAAGGCUGUCAGCGACGCCGUUCGCACCUCGCUCGGUCCAAAGGGCAUGGACAAGAUGAUCCAGACCUCCAACGGCGAAGUCGUCAUCACCAACGACGGUGCUACCAUCCUCAAACACAUGGCUGUCAUGCACCCCGCCGCCCGAAUGCUCGUCGAGCUCUCGCAAGCACAGGACGUCGAGGCUGGUGACGGUACCACCUCGGUCGUUGUCGUUGCCGGAAGUUUGCUCGGCGCUGCCGAAAAGAUGCUCAACAAGGGUAUCCACCCGACCAUCAUCGCCGAAUCGUUCCAGAAGGCGGCAGUCAAGGCGGUCGAGUUCCUCACCGACAUUUCGACACCCGUCGAGCUCAACGACCGCGAAUCGCUGCUGCGAGCCGCAAGCACUUCGCUCAACUCCAAGAUCGUCUCGCAGUACUCUUCCGUCCUCGCCCCCAUCGCCGUCGAUGCCGUCACACGUCUUGUCAUCCCCGCCUCCGCCUCGUCCAAAUCGGCAUCAGUAGACUCAAAGUCCACCGCAUCGGCUCCCACCACCACCACCUCUGCCACAGCUGCUGCCACUGAAGGCGGCGCGGCCACCUCAUUCGCCUCACGAUCCAAAGAUGGACAGGACAACGUCGACUUGCGCGACAUUCGCAUCGUCAAAAAGGUCGGUGGUACCAUCGACGACACCGAGCUCGUCGAAGGUCUCGUAUUGGCUCAGAACGUCAUCUCGGGCAGCGGAGGUCCCACUCGCAUGGAGAAGGCCAAGAUCGCCGUCUGCCAAUUCCAGCUGAGCAGCCCCAAGCCGGACAUGGACAACCAGAUUGUGGUCAACGACUACCGACAGAUGGACAAGAUCCUCAAGGAGGAGCGUCAAUACCUGCUCAACAUGUGCAAGAAGAUCAAAAAGACCGGCUGCAACGUGUUGCUCAUCCAGAAAUCCAUCCUGCGCGAUGCCGUCAACGAGCUGGCCCUUCACUUCCUCGCCAAGCUCAAGAUCCUCGUCGUCAAGGAUGUGGAGCGCGACGAGAUCGAGUUUGUCUCCAAGACGCUCGGUGCCAAGCCCAUCGCCGACAUCGAAGCCUUCACCGAGGACAAGCUUGCCUCGGCCGACUUGAUCGACGAGGUGCAGCAGAACGGCGCGCGCGUCGUCAAGAUCACCGGCAUCAAGAACAUGGGCAGGACGGUGAGCAUCCUGUGCACGGGAGCCAACUCGCUCGUGCUCGAAGAGAGCGAGCGCAGUCUGCACGAUGCGCUGUGUGUGGUCCGAUGCCUGGUCAAGAAGAAGGCGCUGAUCGCCGGUGGUGGUGCACCCGAAGUACACGUAUCGCGACUGCUGUCGCAGUAUUCGCAGACGCUCAAGGGUAUGGAGGCCUACUGCUUCCAGGCGUACGCCGAGGCGCUCGAGGUGAUCCCCACCACGCUCGCCGAAAACGCGGGUUUGAACCCGAUCAGCAUCGUCACCGAACUGCGAAACCGCCACGCGCUGGGAGAGCGGACCGCCGGCAUCAACGUUCGCAAGGGCCAGAUCACCAACAUUCUCGAGGAGAACGUGCUCCAGCCUCUGCUGGUCAACACGAGCGCCAUCGAGCUGGCUACCGAGACUGUGUCGCUGUUGCUCAGGAUCGACGACUACCACCUCUCGCGUUGA